CGUGCGGCCACAUUAUUCCGCUGACCUGUUAUCAACAUUUGGAGUAAAUCGCCACUUUUGCCUUGUUUUAUUUAAAUUUUUGGGCUCGCCUUUCGAACCCAGGUGACUCCAGGUGUGGCAUAGGUGCCGCUGCUGAACCCGAAGGACAUGCCCGAUGACACGCAGGACGCAAAGGCUCAGAAGUUGGCCGCGGCGAGGAAAAAGCUGAAGGAGUACCAGCAGCGGGCCAGCAACAACAAUGGGCAGCCGGGAACGGAGGAACCGGUGGCCCCCACCACGCAAUCGCACUCGUCCACAGUUAGCAUAGCCAGUAAUCUGUCCGAGCGCUCUGACAGCGAGUUGAACGUGAACGGCGGAGGAACGGGAGUCCAUCAGCAGCAGGAACAGUUCGUCCUGCCCACAGCCGCUUCAUAUUUCACACAAAAUGAGCCGGAACAGAAUGGCGGGCUAGCUGACCCCUCCAAUCUGCAAGCCAUACAAGUGAUAAUUGCAGAGAAGGCGCAGCUCAAUGCCGAGCUAACUAAAGUUCGUCUAGCCUGCCGGGAACGAGAACUGGAGCUAGAGGAGCUGCGCACCCUGAAGGACCAGAACCAGCUGCGCCUGGAACAACUGCAGCAACACUACCAGGAUCAACAGUCGACGAGCGAGCAGCAGCGGCAGCAAUUUGCGCAACUACAGGCUCAACUGCAGCAAUCGCAGGCACAAAUCAAGGAUCAGCAAUCCCAUCUUAACGAACUGGAUGCUCAGCUUAAGCAGAGUAACUUGCGCCAGGAGGAACUGCAGCAGGAGCUGUCUAGCAAGUCCAACGAGCUGGAAAUGGCCCAGCUCAAGUUGCGCCAGUUGUCCGAUGAGUCCAGCGUCAGCACUGACAACCGAGUGGAGUCACUGGUGCAGACCCAAUACAUGUACGAGCAGCAAAUCCGCGACCUUCAGGCCAUGGUCGGUCAACUGACGCAGGACAAGGAGCAGGCAGCCGGUCAGUACCAAAACUAUGUACAGCACCAGAGCAGCGAAAUUGCCAAACUAAACGAACGAAAUGCGGAAUUGGCCGAGAAAGUCAACACACUACGAGAGCGCGAGCGGCAACUGAUAGAGCAUGUGAGCGGCUUGGAACGCGACAUUCAGAAAAACCUCAGCUUACAGGCUCAGUUUAAAGAGGCCAAUCAAGAGCAGCCUCCCAAGGAAGAGGUCAGCGAUCAGAGUGCUUUAAAGGAAGAACUAGCUGCCUUAAAAGAGCGACUCGCCGACUUUGACUUUGAACGCCACGAAUUUCAACUAAAAAUCAAGUCGCAGGACGAUCAAUUGCAAAUAAAGGAGUCCGCCCUGGCCGAAUUGGAGCAGCAGCUAGAACGUCUUCAGGCAGAACAACCUGAUCAGACGAAACUGCUGGCCACCAUGGAAUCGGACAAAGUGGCGGCUUCGCGUGCUUUAACUCAAAACGUUGAGAUGAAAAACCAAUUGGACGAACUGCAGCAGCGAUUUGUUCAAUUAACGAACGACAAAGCAGAACUAGUUAUCCGAUUGGAUGCUGAAGAGUUUGCCAACCGCGAAAUCCGACAGAAUUUUGCAAACAUAGAGCAGAAGCUGCACACCAACGAGGAGCGCUUUAAGUUCAAAGACGAAGAGAUGAUUCGACUGUCGCACGAGAACGUUGAGCUUCAGCGCCAGCAGUUGAUGUUGCAGCAGCAGCUGGACCGCCUGCAGCAUUAUGAGGCCAAGGCUUACCACAGUCAAGAGGGAAAACAAAGGGAAGAUAGUGGAGACGCUUCGGCAAAUUUAGCUGAGGAAGUUAAGGAUCACGACCUUACUGAUCAUCCUGGUCAUUCGCACGAUCACCCACAUGAUCAUUCCGAUGAUCACUCACAGGAGCAUUCCCACGAUCACUGUCAUGAUCACGUCCACGAUCAUUCUCAUGACCAUGCCCACGAUCAUUCUCAUGACCAUGCCCACGAUCAUACUCUUGAUCAUGUCCACGAUCAUUCCAAUAAUCACCCUCAUGAUCAUGAGCACCAAACUGAUCACAGACCGGCAGCUAAAACCCUGCCCACCGCUGAAGCCGUGGAACGCCUGCAAUCGCGCUUCACAACGCUGAUCAGCCAGGUGGCCGACCUGACAGAGGAGAAGCACAGCCUGGAACAUCUGGUGCUGCAGCUGCAGAGCGAAACAGAGACGAUUGGCGAGUACAUUGCCCUCUAUCAAACACAGCGGCGAAUGCUCAAGCAGCGCGAGUACGAGAAGGCCGCCCAAAUGCGACUUUUACAAGCGGAGCGGGAGCAGCUUCGUGAAAAGAUCGAGACACUUAACAAACUAGUGGUUAGUUUGGGAGUGGAGUUGCCUUCAGAUCCCGGUCAGUCGCAGCAACAAGAAGCGGUCGCUAAUAACGAACAGGCACCCAACGAGGGUGAGAACUCGCAGCAGAUCAUAAACAAGAUACAGGACAUCAUCAGCGAGAUAAAGGAGAACACGGAGCAGCCAACCCACAAUCAUGCAGGCGAUCAUCUCAACUGCUGCCUGGGCAAAUUCGAGGUGGUCUAGAAUAUCGGAGGUCGCUUGCUCGCAAAGUGCAAUUAUCGUCUGCUUACGUAAAGUUAUUCACUUUUGCUACUGUAUUUAAAUGUAUUUGUAUUUUGGCCCCCUGACUCUUUUGUAAAUGUUUCCAACGAUGUGUCCGAAUAAACCUUAGUUUGCCUCUAAGACGAAUCUAAAACUUAGCCCCAACAAGAACGUAUUACCAAACAAUCA